AUGAGCCGUGUUAUUCUCGUCACUGGCGCCAAUCGAGGCAUCGGAAGAGGCCUCGUCACACAUUAUCUUGCCCAGCCAAACACAACCGUGAUUGGUACUGCCCGGGAUGUCUCCGCGAAUGCGAAAGAUCUCGGUGAGCUCCCAAACGGCGAAGGCUCCCGCCUGAUCGUCGUGCCGCUGAGCGCUGAUAACCCAGAUAGCAUAGCAGCUAUGUCGGAUAUCCUGACACAGCAUGGUAUUGGGCAUAUUGACAUUGUCAUUGCUAAUGCGGGCAUUUGCAACCACUAUGGGCCGGUAGUCGAAAUGACCGACGACGACGUGCUGUCUCACUUUGAAGUGAACACGCUGGGACCAUUUAGACUAUUCAGAGCUGUUGCACCGUUGCUGCAGAAAGCCAGCGUUCCUAAGUUCGCCUACAUCUCUACGCUUCUGGCAAGCAUCCAUGAAAUUGAACAGAUCCCUUCAUUGACCGGCGCAUAUGGAAUGUCGAAAGUGGCUGGAAACUAUCUGAUCAAGAAGAUCGAUGCGGAGAAUCAGUACUUGAUCGCUUUGCCAAUUGAUCCGGGAAUGGUACAAACCGACAUGGGAAGCCGCGCGGCACAAGCCAAUGGGCUGGAGAAGGCUCCGGUCACCGUCCAGGAUACCGUUCAUGGGAUUACCAGCCAGAUUGAGGCAGCGACAAAGUCGACCACGUCUGGUCAAUUUGUCAAUUUCAAGGGCGAGAAGGUACAUUGGUAG